GCAGCCGCCAAAAUUAAAAAAAAAAAGUCUGUUUUUGCUUUUAGCACAAAGAAAAGCGACAUUUUAGAGAAUAAAAUAAGGUUAUAGGUGACUUUGGGAAACAUGCAGGGAGCGUCCACGAAAGGUGUUUUGAGUCAGCUGGGUCUGCUGGAGGUUCAGGCCAGGAGCCGCAGAGCUCAGCCUCAGCAGCAGCAGAGUCAUGUGAAGGAGCUGAAGGUUAAAGUGGAGCAGCUGAUCCUGCAGAGAGACCAACUGAGAGCAGAGAUACAGGCACACCAGAAUCUCCAGAAACUGCGGAUGUCUCUGGAUAAACCAUGUGCACGCGAAGAAGACGAGGAAAUGGACGACGACUCUGAGGACUCACAACUUUUGCAGCUGAUGGCCAGACACACACAGCUGAGAGACCUUCUGCACGCUCAUCACCUCGUUGGUGGAUACGACAUCGUAAAGACUAGUCAAGGUAAAGGAGUGUGCGUGUCUCUGGCCACAGCCUAUGAGGGAACUUACUUAGAGACGUACAACCUGGAGAUUGACCUGAAGCCAACUCUGAGGAUCAGUCGCCAUAACAUCCCUCCGUUCAUCCUCCUGAACGACAUCGCCGAGCAGAGCCACAUGCAGACAGACAUAAAGGCUUUUCUGAACACCCUCAGCCAACAUCUCAACGCCUUUUCUAGUCGCAAGCAGCAGCUCAAGCUUGUUAAGGAGCUGUUUCAUAAGUCCGUGGAGGUGCUGGAGAGUAAUGUUUUAUGUUCGAUACUGGUGCUGAUGGUCACUGUGCCGAGAGAAAACACUGCAGUACUCUGCAAGCUGGACUACAUGGACCACACCAGAUGCCUUCCCACACGAGUCAGCUUUGAAUGCGAAGACGAGAAGCUUCCUGAUUCUCCUCAGUGGAAGAAAAACUGCAGCCUUCUGAUGGAGACUCCUGUCCACAAAGCUUUGAUAACCAUGAAGGAGAUGGGGAAUAUUGCUUAAUUUAUUCACAAACGAG